UGCAAUAUGGCUGCACGGCAGGAAAUAGACAAUUUCAAAAGUCGAUUUGCCUUUGAGCUGCUUGAGUUAAUGUCAUCAUCAUCAUCUAGUAGUAGUGAUGAAGAUGAAUUCUUUAAAAAUCCACAUAAAAUUCGAAAAAUUGAAAAUUUUAUAGAAUUAGUGCAUGGAAUGACGGAUAAAGAGUUUAAAAGUCAUUUUCGUGUUAGCAGAAGUACAGCCUAUAAAAUAAUCGAUAUUUACGCUAAUUCACAAUUCUAUCCGUCUGAUCGAACCCACGGAGGUAGUAAACCUACCUCUGCUGAACUGCACAUAUUAAUAGAUGUCGGAUCAAGUUUCCGUUUUACGACGUACGAUGUACGAUUAGCGUAUACCAACAGCGACUACGGCGAAUUGUGUAACAGGCUUAAGGAAACGGAACGAAACACAUGCAUUGCGCAUCCGUGA